AUGGUCGUGAAUAAUCCUAACAAUUGGCAUUGGGUCGAUAAAAACUGCAAAGAUUGGGCAAAAUCUUAUUUAAACCAAAAAUUAUUGGAUUUGUCUGCAUCAAAUGAUUCCUACAAUUUAAAAAUCACCAAAAUCAACUCAAUUGAAGGUGAUGUUGAAGUUUGCCAAAGAAAAGGCAAAAUCAUCUCUCUAUUUGAUUUGAAACUAAUCCUAGAAUUUAACGCAACAUCCCUAUCUGAUAACACUCAAAUUAAUGGAACUAUAACUGUCCCAGAACUAGCCUAUGACACAUCCUUUGAUGAAUUCCAAUUUAUAUCUUCGAUCUUCAAUGAAAAUAAUACAAACAUUAGUAUUAAGCCCUUCAUCAAAUCAAACCUAGUUCCCUUAUUAAGAAAGAUCUUAUCCAAUUUCAACAAUGAUUUGAUCUCUCAAAACUCAAACGAUAUCCAAAUUCCUUUAGAUCAAGUUCAAUCAAAUUUAACCUCAUCCAAUCAAAAAAAUAGCAUCUCAACAUCUUCAAAUUCCACAAAAUCAAAAAUCAAUGACUCAACAACAAAAUUCACCUCAAAUUCUUCAAAAAAAUCUUCUUCCUCUUCUCCUUCUCACCCUGCAUCAAACUCAAACAUCCCAAAAUAUAACACCUCAACAUUACAUAUUGAAUCAACUUUCAAUACAACUGCUGAACAAUUAUACCUAACUCUCUUGGAUAAACAAAGAGUAGCAGCCUGGUCCAGAUCUUUACCAAUAAUUGAACCAAUUGAAAACUCAGAUUAUUCUUUAUUCAAUAAUAACAUUCAAGGAAAAUUACUAAAAUUAAUUCCAAAUGAAAAAAUUCAAAUGACUUGGAGACUAAAUGAUUGGAAACAAAAUCAUUUUGCCAAUUUAAACAUAAGUUUCUAUCAAAGUGACUCAGACACAAAAUUAAUAGCUGAUUUCACCGGAAUUCCAAUUGGUGAAGAAGAUAAAACUGAAAAUAAUUUCAACAACUAUUACAUCAGAUCAAUUAAAUUGACCUUUGGUUUUGGUUUAGUCCUAUAA